AUGAAUCACUUCCAGACCAUCCUGAGUCAGGUCCGGAUGCUGCUCUCCAGCCAUCGGCCAAGUCAAGUGCAGGCGCUUCUGGACAACCUGCUGGCAGAGGAUCUUCUCUCCAGGGAGUACCACUACGCCCUGCUCCAUGAGCCUGAUGGUGAGGCUCUGGCCAGGAAGAUCUCCUUGACCCUGAUGGAGAAAGGAGACCCAGACUUGGCCCCCUUGGGGUGGAUCUGGAGUGGGCUGCAGGCCCCGGCAGCCGAGAGGGACUCCGGCUACAAGGACCCUGGGGGUAAGUACCAUCCCCUUUUCUCAUGGAGCAACGCCUGGCUGUAG